AUGCUCGGAGGCGACGUCGGAGACAACCUAGAUGUCAAUUUGCAGGCAGCGCCCCCAGGUCUGAUCUCCGCGUUUGGACAGUCCAACAUGGAUAUGGGUGCCUGGGAGACGGAUCCCAGCUCGGUGCAUCCAGAACCCUUCCAUCUGCCUGGUGACCGGGAUGCUAGUGCUGACUCCGAAAAUUAUCACUAUGCCCAAGAGGUUGACGCUCACGACACUGAACGUGAGGAAACAGGUAUGUUGGGUGGGGGGGGGCUUUGGGUUGUCCUAAAAAUUGGCGCUGGGUUCAUUUUUGUCCUGAACUCCGAUUUGAAUGAUCUUUUCGGGGCUUGA